AUGCUUGCUAAAUAAUAUGAGGAUACUAACUUAACAGACCAAUUUAAUCCUCGAGAUAUUUUCAGCCUACCUUUGCCUAAUAAAAUUACUGAUGGACUAUAUUUUAAGUAUAAAAACUCUUCAAAAGAAGGCAAUGUAAAGAGCAAAAGAUUAUAGAUAUUUUCUAACAUCAUAAGUACAAGCUAAAAGCCAUUUGUUGUCACGACUAUAAGAGAUUAAUCUCUUUAUCUAGAAUUAGAGAAAUAGAAAAAUAUCACCCUUGCAAAAACAUAGGCAUUUGCUUCGGCUGCUCAUGAAUUCAGGAAUCCUCUAGGUGCAAUAAUUAACUCUCUUGAUCUACUUGAGGAUAAAAUCUUAUAAGACAAAGGCAGUUAGAUGUUUUUUAAAACAGCAAAGAAUUGCUCCUAAUUAAUGCUCUACCUUGUAAAUGAUAUUCUUGAUUUCAGUCAAUUAGAAUCAUAGAAACUUAUGCUUAAUAUCGAUUGGGUCGAAAUAAAAACUUUGCUUGAAGAUUGCAUAAAUGUUCUUAAGUUCAGAUCUGAUCAAAAGGGAAUCGAUAUGUACUAUGAAAUUCAUCAAAGUUUCCCAAAUAAGAUACAGACAGAUGAGCAUAGGCUGAGACAAAUAUUGAUAAAUCUUCUAUCUAAUGGAAUAAAAUACACUUGCAAAGGCUAUGUCAAAAUUCUCUGUUAUAAGAAGGAAUCAUCAGAAUAGCUUUGCAUCAAAGUUUAAGACAGUGGAGUUGGAAUUGCCACUUAAGACUAAGAAAAACUUUUCAGUGCUUUCAAUAAAACUAAGAAAAAUCGUGAUUUAAAUAAGGAUGGAUGUGGCUUAGGACUUACGAUUAGCAAAAAUUUAGCUUAAGCUCUCAAAGGAGAUAUCAUUGUAGAAUCCUAAGUUGAUAAAGGCUCAAACUUUAUUGUAUUGCUAUCAUAGAGAUAUAACUAAUUUUAUGAUUUGCCUGAUAGAUAAUCUCAUAAUUUAGUUUCAGAUGAUAAUAAUGAAUUUUGCAAAUACUCAAAUAAACAUGACUCUUAUCGAGAAGGAUCAUUAAAUAUGGAUAUGGAGAAAGGAAAGAAUAGUAAUCACCAACAUUCUCUCAGUUAUAUAGAGACUCCUUAAAAGCCUUAUGACAGCUCCCAAAAUGAGUACAAUGAGAUAUAGAAUUAGUUUGAGAUUACAUAUAAUGUAGAUACAGACAGAGAUUCAAUGAUUAAGAUUCAAGAUUACUUUUCUCCAAUAAAGAGUAUAUUUCCUCCAGAUUUUUCAAGACAAAGCAUAAUAGAAUUUUAAGAUUCUCCUUAAAAUUAUGUGAUUCCUAAUUAAUCAGAUUUAGACUUAGAAACUUUAAGUAUCGAAAUCUAAGAGGAAAGUAAGAUAUUGCAGAAGUGCAAAUGUCCUAGAAUUCUAAUAGCUGAUGAUGAUCCUUUCAAUAUUAUAGCUAUUGAAGGAAUGCUAAAUUCAAUAGGUAUAUCUGAUAUUGAGAAAGUUUUUAACGGAAGGGAAGCUAUUGAUAAAAUUAGAAAAAAUUUUCAAGAGCAAAUUAAAGAUGGAGAAACAUAAAGCUGUAAAGGCCAUUGCUAAUAUAAGAUAAUAUUAUUGGAUAACUAAAUGCCACUUAUGAAUGGCAUUGAUGUAGCUUAAACAAUCAGGUUGGAAUUUGAAAAUUAAAUCUAAUUAGGACCUUAUAGGAUAUUCUUAUUGUCGGGGGACAAUUUUACAAAAAUGGAUGCUAGUCUAAGAAAUGCUUUUGACGAUAUUAUUAUAAAACCAAUAUCAAAGUAAAAAAUACAGGAAAUUUUAAACUUGUGA